AUGUACACCCGCAACCAGAUUCUCGCAGCUCUUGCUGCUCUCGGCGCCACCGGCGUGAACGCUGCCAUGGGUCCUGCCUUCAGCACUGGUCCUGUCUCCGACAACUCCUUCAUCCGUGAAGCUACCUCGACUCUUGUCCUCCCCAACGGCCCCAGCGGCGGCUCCUCCGAUGCCAUCACCUCCCUGUGGGUUGGUAUGGGCACUUCCAAUGGUGACCUGAUCCAGUCUAUCGCCGACAACUGGCAGCAGAGCGACUGGACCAUUCAUUCCACAGCCACUUCCCAGGAGCCCAUCUACGGUGAUGGCCAGGCGGACGGCACUAAGGGCGACAAGGUCACCAUGCACUACAAAUUCGAUGACUCAACCGGCAACUACACCCAGACCGUUUUGAUCAACGGCAAGACUGUCUCCACUCUCUCCACUAGCGAUGGCAAGGCCCAGGGCUGGGGAAGCGCUGUUGAGUGUGCCGAGGACAACUGCGGCACUGUCGGUGCUCACUCUUGGACCGACACCAAGAUUAUCCUCGAUGUGGCUGACCCUGACUACAUCAACACCCUCGCCAAGGGUAGCGGUGUCACUGGCGACAUGUCCACCAGCGAUGGUGGCAAGACCUGGACUGUUACCACCAUUAACAUUCCUGAGUUCUCUUUCUCUAGCUAG